AUGGCACAGUGGUCGUUGCUUAUCGUUUUGUUCUGCGUCGCCACCGCCGCUGCCGGAUUCAGCUUCCAUGACUCCAAUCCUAUUCGAAUGGUCUCCGACGCGGAGGAGCAGUUACUUCAGGUGAUCGGAGAAAGCCGUCACGCUGUCUCUUUCGCCCGUUUCGCUAACAGAUACGGUAAGCGAUACGAUAGCGUUGAUGAGAUGAAGCUUCGGUUUAAGAUCUUUUCGGAAAAUCUUGAACUUAUCAGGUCUACUAAUAAGAGACGACUUAGUUACAAGCUCGGUGUUAAUCAUUUUGCUGAUUGGACUUGGGAGGAGUUUAAAAGUCAUAGACUUGGUGCUGCUCAAAAUUGCUCUGCGACUCUGAAGGGUAACCAUAAGAUUACUGAUGCUAAUCUUCCUGACGAGAAAGACUGGAGGAAAGAAGGUAUAGUCAGUGAAGUUAAAGAUCAAGGCCACUGCGGAUCAUGCUGGACAUUCAGCACAACUGGAGCGUUGGAAUCAGCUUACGCACAGGCAUUCGGAAAGAAUAUCUCUCUUUCUGAGCAGCAGUUAGUGGACUGUGCUGGUGCUUUCAAUAACUUUGGAUGCAGCGGUGGGUUGCCGUCACAAGCCUUUGAAUACAUUAAAUACAAUGGUGGCCUUGAGACAGAAGAAACAUAUCCCUACACUGGAAGUAAUGGUCUCUGCAAAUUUACAUCUGAAAAUGUUGCUCUUAAAGUCCUUGGCUCUGUCAACAUCACCUUGGGUGCUGAGGAUGAAUUGAAACAUGCAGUUGCUUUUGCUCGGCCCGUUAGUGUGGCAUUUGAGGUGGUGUAUGACUUCAGAUUAUACAAGAGUGGAGUUUACACUAGUACAGCUUGUGGCAACACACCCAUGGAUGUGAAUCAUGCUGUUCUUGCUGUUGGAUACGGAAUUGAAGACGGCAUACCAUAUUGGCACAUUAAAAAUUCGUGGGGAGGUGAUUGGGGUGACCAUGGCUACUUCAAAAUGGAAAUGGGGAAGAAUAUGUGUGGUGUUGCUACAUGCUCCUCCUAUCCUGUUGUGGCCUAA